CGUGACGAGAGCUGAGGGUACAAUCAUGGCUUUACGAUACUUGGUUUCGUUGUCUUUGGUAGUCGCAGUUCUGGCCGACCAAACCUCACACGUCAGCCAUCACAGUUCCUCUCACCACGCACGCCCUUCAUACCACCAUCAACCUACCUACCACACACAGCCCGCAUAUCAUCCACAACCUUCCUACCACCCUGCUCCUGCUUAUCACCCACAGCCUUCCCAUGAGCAUGAACACGAGCCUGCUGUGCCAGAAUGUGCUGCCAACACAACCAAAUCAUGGUGCCUACAAGACGACCAUUAUCCCACUUACGAGAUCAAACACGCAGCUGAGUAUCAUUACGAGAAGCUCCUCUCCCUCUAUGCUGACGUAGCUGAACUCAACACCGAGCUGUCUGUGGACCGGCCAAAUACCCUGGAUGAGGAAACUUACUUGUGUCCAUCAGAGACCGCUUACAUCAGGCCCCUUCGUGCCCAGAACACCGAGGGAAAGUGGCGUGUCAUUGUAAACAAUAUCGAUGUCCAUUAUCAGACUCUCACUCAGACUACACGUAUCGAAGAGUGUCUCACUUCCGCCGAUGCAUGUCCUCUGGUGCCUGACUGCUACGAGUCCAAGUGUCUGCAGAAGUCCAUCUACCACCGCUUCCUUGUCUACGACCCCUAUGAUCAGUACUUCCCCUUGCCAUGA